GUCGAACUAGCCGUUGCCGUGUAAAAGAUUUUUUAAGCUUAUGAUUGUGUCAAUUUUUUAAUAAUUUCAUCGAACCCCUGAAAUCCCCAAACCAACAUUCUUCCGGCAGAUAAUCCUCACUGUAUCUCUCUCUGAUUACUCUUUACCGGAGAAGUUCAUUUUCUCUUUCUUUCUAUCUCUCUGAUUAUUCACAGGAAGAGACAGUUCCAUCAAGAACUUGAAGCAAUGGCUGCGGCGGCGAAUACCAACCCCAACAGUCUUCCGGUUGUGCCGUCACCCAAGAAGCCGCCGCAACCUGCUAAGACCAUUGAUGCUCACUCCGUCCUUAAAAGGUUGCAGUCUGAACUGAUGUCUCUAAUGAUGAGUGGUGACAGUGGAAUAUCAGCAUUCCCCGAAGAAGACAACAUAUUCUGCUGGACAGGGACAAUCACAGGUAGCAAAGAUACGGUUUUCGAAGGAACCGAAUACAAACUCACUUUGGCCUUCCCUAAUGAGUAUCCAUUCAAGCCCCCCACUGUUAAGUUUGUGACUGCAUGUUUUCAUCCCAAUGUCGAUGGUCAUGGGAACAUAUGCUUGGACAUUCUUCAGGACAAAUGGUCUUCUGCAUAUGAUGUGAGGACUAUAUUACUUUCAAUCCAGAGUUUGCUUGGAGAACCAAACACAAGCUCACCUCUAAACUCUCAAGCGGCAGCACUAUGGGGCAAUGAAGAAGAGUACAGAAACGUGGUGGAGCAGCUAUAUAAGCCCACUGUGUAGUUUCAAGAUCUCAACCCCCUCUGUUUGCCGGAGAAGAGGCGAGAUUUUCAUUGCACUCUUCAUAUUAAAGAUGACGAGGGAGUAAAGCAGUGCUUAGUAAUAGCUUGAAUAAUGUUGAUGAUGAUGAUUAAGGCUCACUUGAUGCUUCUAGCACAUAUACAACACUCCCAUUUAUGUACUUCCGAUAGAAAUUUAACGAGUUCUUGCAUUUGUAUAUUUCUCCUUGUCUACAUAUAUGCAUGGUGAUAAGCUAUAGAUGUGGGCUAUGAUCGGUGGCGGAUAUCAGCC